AUGUCUAAAAUCUGUGAACAUCCAUUUUGUGCUCGUUUAGUAUUAGCAACAUGUUCAAAUCAUUGUCAAUUAGAUCUUUGUCAAGAACAUAUGAUUGAACAUAAAAAUUUAUUUCUUGUUCAAUAUGAAAAAUCUUUUAAUAAUCUUAAAGAAUUAUUAAAUGAAUUGAUUAAUUCAACUGAAGAAAUAAAAAACAAUUUGAAUACUAAAUAUCAAAAAGAUAUCUCUAUAAUUAAUGAAAAUUAUAAUAAUAAAUUAAAUGAACUAGAACAACAAUUUCAAUUUGUUAUUUCAACACAAAAAUUAAUAAAAAAAAAACUUCAACUUUUAACUGAUGUUAAAAAUGGUCAAGCUUUUCUAUAUCAAUAUGAUAUUGAACAAAUUAAAUUAUAUUUAUCAAAAAUUCGUGAAUAUAAUCAUGAUAAAACUAUAAUGAAAAUUAAUAAAAAUGAUAUCGAAACAUUUUCUCCAUUUGACUCCGAUAUCGAUUUCGAUAUUGAUUAUAUUCAUGGAUUAAAUAGUAAUACAAAAUAUGAUGAUAUUAUACAACUUCGUGGUCAAUGUCCUUUAACUCAUCUUGGUAUAUAUGGUUUAACAAAUAAACAUAAAUUACGUUUAUGUUCAUUGGAUAAAACAACAUCUGAUCUUUAUUUAUUCAAACAUUUUCAUCGUUAUCAUCAUUUAACAACAACAUUAUCAUAUACAUUAGCAAAGGCUAUAAUUAAUAAAUUGAAUCCUUUAACAACAUGUAUUUUUCAAUCUGAAACUAAUAUUAUUGAUGAACGUUAUCAUCUUAUUCGAUGUCCAUUAAAUAAAAUGGAAUCUUUUAAUUGUAAAAGACCAUUUUUUAAAAGUUCAUUAAAAAGACAUUUAUUAAAAUUUCAUCGUUUUACAUUAAAAACAUAUAAUAAAAUUAUUGAAGCAAUUAAAAAUAAUGAUGAUAUAACGAAACUUGAUCUUAAUGAAGAUAGAUUUAAAUAG